AUGGCCAAGGGCGACGCGUCAAAGCCUAAGCCGGUACCCAACAAGCACCUGCAUUCGCGCAUCUCCUAUCUCUACCAAGCCGCCACCUACCUGGCCAACCAGCACGCCAAGCCGGCGGACAAUGGUAACACUGAGGAAAUGGACAUCGACGCCAAAGCGGGAGGCCGCCCUGUGACUCAGCACGAAGAGCCUACCCAGAACGCCUUCCCACCAGGUCUGCCUUUCUACUAUGCGUCUCACCUCCAAUCUGUCUCUAUGAAGACUCAAAUUCGGCUCUCACAAAACGUCAAGCAUUCCAUUUGUAAACGCUGCAGUGCUAUUCUGAUCCCUGGGAGCACCUCCUCGAGCAAGAUUGAGAACCUGAGUCGAGGGGGCAAGAAGCCCUGGGCUGAUGUACUCGUCGUGGAGUGCAACGUCUGCAAGGCACAGAAGCGCUUCCCUGUUGGAGCUAAGCGGCAACUCAGGAAGGGCGAACGAGCGAAAGUUGAGAAAGCAAAGCCAUCAAGCACGAGUACGGGCAAGAAAGUUACAGCAGCAGCGGGUAUGGAGGACAGAACAUCAAUUACGCCACUUGUGGGAGAAGUCAGCCUGGGUACGCCAAAGUGA